AUGACAGAAGACAAACGGAUUGCUUAUCCUGUACACAACAAAUUGCACGAUCAGGAAAAAACAGCAUUAAACAGAACCUAUACGAUUGGGUCGGCCAGUCGCCAAGCUACAGUGCUUCGAGAACGUUCACAAAGCCAAGAUAGAAACAAUUUGAAUAAAACUUUUACCUCGUUCUCACGUAGUUUCUUGCCUCAAGGAAAUCUUCUCAGGUGGUAAGUUUAUUUUUUUCGUACUGCGACAUUUGGGGAAAUUGCAAAAUGGGGAAACGACAAAUAGGGAAAACGACAUAAGGGGAAACGACAUAAGGGGAAUCUCAAAUAUAUUUUAAAAAAAUUAUUUUUAGCCCCACCUGACCCCACCCCUGACCUUUCUAGUCCUACCCAGACCCCUCCCUGACCCUUUUGGCCCUACCCACCCCCCUCCCUGACCUUUCUAACCCCACCUGACCCCACCCCUGACCUUUCUAGUCCUACCCACCCCCUCCCUGACCUUUCUAACCCUACCCACCCCCCCCUCCCUGACCCUUUUGGCCCUACCCACCCCCCUCCCUGACCCUUUUGGCCUUACCCACCCCCCUCCCAAAACAGAAAGGUCAGGGAGGGGGGGGGGUGGGUAGGGUUAGAAAGGUCAGGGGGUGGGGUCCGGUGGGGUUAAAAAUAAUUUUUUAAAAAUAUAUUUGAGAUUCCCCUUAUGUCGUUUCCCCUUAUGUCGUUUCCCCUUAUGUCGUUUUCCCCAUUUGUCGUUUCCCCAUUUUGCAAUUUCCCCAAAUGUCGUAUUGCCAUUUUUUUUGCUGCUUUAUAAAAUUUAAACAUAGAAAAAUGUCCUAAAAUAUGUUUGAAAUGAAAGCAUCUUAGCUUAUAUACGGCACUAAAUGAAUGUUAAGGUAAAACAUAUAAAUUUUUACUAAUAUUCAAAAAGCGGAUUAGUUCUUCAUGUUUGUCAUACCUUUUUGAUAUUGGCUUUUUUAAAAAAUACUUUUUAAAUAAAAAAAGUAUUUAAAUUAUACCUUGUGACAAACUUGUAAGGUUGCAGUUGCGAUGUUAAGCCUUUGAAAAAUUAUACUUACUUUAUGGUUGCUUUGUAGAUUAAUUAGCUGUCACAAAAUUGUAAUCCUUUUUGUUAUAUAAUAGUUAAUAAAUAUUGUUUUAGUAAAACAAACCAAUCUCAAAAUCUAACCCGUAUGUUAUCCAACCAAUUACCGUCCCUGGAUGGCUGUUCACCUGAACGAAUUUGCACUCAACGCCCUUGGACACGGACCCAAAUUGAGUUGGCCAAAUACAAAGAAACCUUAAAUCAUCUCAAUUAA